UUCCUCCAUAGCUUUCCAUCGCUUCUAUACAAUCGACGACUACUAAAUCGGCCCUGUUCAGACGUCUUCAACCUCUUCGCUCCUGCUCCUGCACCUGCCAAAGACGCCGCCCCUCACCACCAUAUUCCACCCCAUGAUGGAAACACGCCGGAUUUUCCUGUAAGAAUCGUUGAUCUAUAAAUCUGGUGAGUUUACUACACGAAUCGCUUUUCAUCGAACAUCAAAAACCCUAAACCAAAUCGAGCGGAAACGUAAAAAUCGUCGCCGUAAAAGGGAACGAGGGUUUUCUAGUUCUUCAACAACUCAAGCAACGGUUCUUCAAUAAUAUAAGCAACGAUUUGAGGUGGUGAUUGCAAGACACUAUCAUUGAGCAUGUCAUUGGCCAGGCUCUAUGCAAGAUCCUCUCACUUCUCUUCCCUUUGCAAAACCCUAAAUCACACCCCUGUCCGAUCGAGGUGUCUACUUGAAGUUGGACAGAGAAUAUAUAAUUCUGUGGGAGCUAGUAGUUCUAGACAUGGCCAAUGYUGUUCUGAAUUCCGAAAUUUCACGUCUGGAUCUGAACUCAGUARGAAGUCUUUCAAUAAAAUUUCCCACUUGGGAGUUGGGUACUUGAAGAGACCUUAUGUGYUGGGUUCUCAUCAUCAGUAUACUACAAAUGUCGUUAGAGAACAGAAAUCAAGGAAGAUACUUUAUUACUUAACAGGUUUGGUGUUUGCAAUGGUGGGAUGUACUUAUGCUUCAGUUCYUUUGUAUAGGAGGUUUUGUCAAGCUACUGGCUAUGGGGGUACUGUUCAACGGCGUGAGACUGUAGAAGAAAAGAUUGCAAGACAUGCUCAAGAUGGAACUGUCACCAAUAGGGAGAUUGUGGUGCAGUUCAAUGCUGAUGUGUCAGAUGGAAUGCCUUGGAAGUUCAUCCCCACUCAAAGAGAGGUCAGGGUAAAGCCGGGAGAGAGUGCUCUUGCCUUCUACACUGCCGAAAAUCGUAGUUCAACACCUAUAACUGGCAUGUCUACAUAUAAUGUUACCCCCAUGAAGGCUGCAGUUUACUUCAACAAAAUACAGUGCUUUUGCUUUGAGGAGCAGCGUCUUCUUCCAGGCGAGCAGAUUGAUAUGCCUGUGUUCUUUUAUAUAGACCCGGAGUUCGAAACGGAUCCUAGGAUGGAUGGUAUCGACAAUAUAAUCCUGUCGUAUACGUUCUUCAAGAUCGGUGAAGAUAAGUUAUAAUCCUUUCUUCUUUACUUGUAUCCCCAAAGGAUUGAAUUUGAUCAGCUUACAGAAAGUGAGAUUCUAAGUUUUGCUUCUAUCUAAUCCAUUGUAGUCAUACCCACACUUGUAAGAUGAAAAAUAGUUUCUAUGGAUCAGGUGUUCAUUAACUUCCCAUUUGUGGCUGGCAAUGGCAACAUCAUUAAUAAUAAGUAUAUGACCAUUUGAUCUAUUUUUCCUCU